AUGCGAAACACAUUUGGAACUAAAGGCGCCAUAUUUGAGGAGGAAAAAAUUUGCACAAAUUACAAGUGUACAUCUCUCAAUAUCUCUUUUCUCGUCCUUUAUCUUUCUUACUCUCUUCAUAUCAUAUCUAUCUAUCUAUCUAUCUAUCUAUCUAUCUGGGAUGGUAUGCAUGAAGUUCUUCUAUCUGCUUGCCAUUCAAUGUUUAUUAUCUACACAACCACGCAACCACUAUGCAACCACGAGAAAACAUUCUUCUUCUUCUUCUUCUUCUUCUUCUUCUUGCCUUCAAUAUGUCCUAAGAAAGAAGCAAUUUACUUCUUUCAUUUCACUAUCCGCCUCUCUCUCUCUCUCUCUCUCUCUCUCUCUCUCUUUUCGCUUACUUCCUAUUUUAUCUUCAGUCGGCCUGUUAAUACCUAUCUAUCUAUCUAUCUAUCUAUCUAUCUAUCUAUCUAUCUAUCUAUCUUUAGUCUGUUAAUAUCUAUCUAUCUAUCUAUCUAUCUAUCUAUCUAUCUAUCUAUCUAUCUUUGUUAA